AAAAUGUCAAUGAAACGGCGGAAAAUCCUUUCAGGCGUGAUGACGUCACUGUCCAUCUGACAGCACUUCCUGGAGUGAUGUUUGUUGUGGGAAAUAAGCACUGUGCUGUCCGAUUGGGACUGGGCCCACGUUAGCGGAACAAGGACAAAAGAGACACCUUUCUCUCUCAUGUGGAGAUGCGGCAGCUUUCUGCAGGGGCCAGAUAAGUCACAGGGACGGACUGGGACCAGGACGAAGAGGGGAACAUUUGUCGGAUAGCUGAGCAGCAGAAACGCCGACACACAGCACGGAGCUGUCGCGAUGCGGUAGCUAAAACAUGGACAGCAGAGUCAAGGAGGACCCAGAGAGAACAUUUGAUCUGGUAGUGCAUGUGGCAUCUCCAGCAACUCAAAAUGGUGAUCCAACCGUGCUGUGGAGCUUCCCCCAGGACUACAUCGACCAGGAGGUGCUUCAGACGAUACCAAAGUUCUGCUUUCCCUUUGACAUGGAAAGAGUUUCCCAGAGUCAUGUUGGACAGAACUUCACCUUUGUGCUGACCGAUAUUGAUGGCAAGCAGAGGUUCGGGUUCUGUCGUCUUACUCAAGGAUGCAGAGUCUGCAUAUGUCUUCUCAGUUAUCUUCCGUGGUUUGAGAUCUACUACAAGCUGUUGAACACCCUUGCAGACUAUCUAACAAGACAACAGAAUAAUGACUUGAAUGACAUGCUGAAUUCUCUGUACGAUCUUCCUGUGCCAAAGCCCUUCACGCCAGUCAACUUGAGUGUGAAUGAGCAGUUGUAUAUUGCCACUGGGCAAGUACUGAGAGAUCAGCGAAGCAAGGAACCGCACUCCUACUUCAUCGCCCCGGAUAUCAAUGGACUGCCAACUAUCCCAGAGAGUAGAAACCUGACAGAAUACUUUGUGGCUGUGGAUGUCAACAACAUGCUGCAACUCUACGGCAGUAUGCUUCACGAGCGGCGCAUCAUCAUUACCUCAAGCAAGCUGAGCACUUUAACCGCGUGUGUCCACGGUGCAGCUGCUUUGCUGUUUCCAAUGUACUGGCAGCAUAUCUUCAUCCCUGUCCUGCCCCCGCAUCUUCUGGACUACUGCUGUGCCCCCAUGCCAUACUUUGUGGGAGUUCAUCUUAGUCUGCUGGAGAGAGUGCGCAGUCGGUCCCUGGAGGAUGUGGUCAUCCUGAACGUGGACACCAACACACUGGAGAGUCCCUUUGAUGAUCUGCAUAACCUUCCCAGUGAUGUGGUGUCCUCUUUGAAGAGCAAGCUCAAGAAGCAGUCAACAGCAACGGGGAGUGGCGUGGCAAGGGCCUUCCUGAGAGCGCAGGCCGCUCUGUUUGGCUCCUACCGGGACGCCCUCCGAUAUAAACCUGGGGAGCCAAUAACAUUCUGCGAGGAGAGUUUUGUCAGCCAUCGCUCAAGCACGAUGAGAAACUUUUUGUCCAUGGCGGUCAACCUGCAGCUCUUCAAACAGUUCAUCGACGGACGGCUGGCCAAAUUGAACGCAGGCCGCGGCUUCACCGACGUGUUUGAAGAAGAGAUCACAGAGGGGGGCUUUUGUGGAAGUAACGCAAAGUCCUACCAGCAGUGGAUGCACACUGUCAAGAGAGGAGGAGCACUCAUCAAUACGGCAGUGACAAAGGCCAAAAGUCAUGCCAAGAGGGGCAUCCGAGACAUUAAAGGACGACUUAAACCACGGGAGGAAGAGGAGGAAGGGAUGACAGUCUGUGCAGGUUCCCCCACUAGUACCAAGAGCCUGUCUCCAAGGCGACUGCAAAGAAUGAGACGGCAAAACUUCAACAAGUCUCCCAUGAGCAAGGGCCCUCCAGAGCUUGGCCUCGGGCUCGAUGAUGAUGAGCUGGACAGCGCUAGCAAGAUCUCAUCAGAGGACAGUGGCGAUGUGCCGUCAUACGCGGAGGACAGCGAUGACUGCUACUCUUUGGAGUUGGACAUGGACUCCUCGCAGUCAGGCAAGAUGAACCUGCUGGAGGAGAUCCUGGACUCUUUGAACACCACCACGAUGGAGCAAGGCAAGCUCAGUGCAGCCAAGAGCCUGGACUUCUUCAGGUCCAUGGAGGACCUGGACUACGCCCCGAGUAAAUUUAACACCGCUGGUGACUGUCAGCCGUCAGAGGAAAGGGAUUGUGAUGGAGUGGGGGAUCAGGGGGGCUGGAACAUGGGUCAGGAUGACAGCGCGGUCCACGGGAAACACCUCCCGCCAUCCCCACGCAGAAAGCCCACCAAGAGCAGCCUAAAAAAAACCCCUGUGCCCCCUGUGCUCAUAACAGAUGAGCAGCCCGGUCCGCGUCCUCUACCUCCAGGGAGACAAGCAGGAGAGUGCUUCUCCUAUUUUCUGUCAACAUCUCAGCAAGUUACGGCCACAACACCAUCUCCAACUUUGUCCCACGCAGCUUCCAUUCCCAGCUAUUCUCCACUGCCGGCGCCCCGCACGCGGACCAUUUCUGAGCCCCCAGCGAGCACCGAGCCCCCUCCCGCCCAGAACCCGACAGGCUCCACCGGCAUCUUGAGGAGGAAAGUGCUCUCCAAGGAGACGGUGAGGCACUACAAGGAGAAAUCUCUGCACAGGCAGGCAAGCAAGGAGAGCAGGGCCAGGAAUAGCCAGUCGGUGCAGGUCCCCUGGGAGAAGGACUACACGGAGGGACUGCCGAGUCUGGGUCACGCCAAAGGCUUGGGGGCGGCGAUGCAGGAUCGAGGCCUCCUGGAGGAGAUCGAGUCCAUGUGCUGCGUCGGGCCGGUGCUCCACAGCGGCCUGCAGCUCUCGCAGGUGCACUGCAACAGCAGUCACCACAGCAAAGCCGCGGAGCACUCGUAACUUUCGAGCCACAGAGUCGCCGUGUCAACAGCAGGAAGACUUAGUGAGAAAAAUGCACAGACCUGCAGGUGAGGCCUGUGGGAACAAAGCAGAAAAAGCUGGUGGACAGGGACAAGGUCUUACCCAGGGAGUGAUUUCUAUAACCGAUGCAAGAUGUCGAAACAUAUAGCAAUACACUCUACAGGUGCAUCUCAAUAAAAUACAGAAUUGUGAAAAACUGCAUUUAUUUCAAUAGUUUCACAUAUAAUGUAGAUUCACAAUACCCAGUGAAAUAUUUCCUGAUUCAUAAUAUUCAUGGUUAUACAUUACGGUUGACGAAAAGCCAAAUCUCGAAAAAUUCGAAUACAGUGAGCACCUGCAUAUUUGUUUUUGGGCAUUCACAAAUUUAACUCAUGACAGAUUUUUUUUUUCUUUGCUGUGGAACUAAUCUCCUUUUCGCCACCAAAAAGCUCACCUUGACAUUCUUGUGCUUCAGCCAAAGCAGUAAAAGCUUAACUUUGGCACCAUCUUGUGGCAUCUUGCUGCUAAGACUAUGUUGUUGUGAGUUGAGGAGUUUCAUUUUGACAGAAAUAUUUCUUAGCCACCGUCUUGUGGCAUUGAUUAGCAAUUUCAAGCCUUUUUGGAGGGGCUUCACACAGAUUUUCACUAUUUGCGGUGGGGCACGUAUGCUUUCCUGGGCAAAUAGCAGCCGUGUGCGCUGGAUGACAAAAGAAACACUCCAAAUCAUUUUUACUUGUGGAAAUUAGGUGGCAUUUUCCUGUGUGUUAAAGUUAUAUCUACAAAAUUUCUUUCAUUGUAUAAAUUGACCCACUGAAGAAAAAAAAAAAAACAUUUCCACCAAAUUCUAAUUCAUUGAGAUGCACCUGUAUAUCUGCCCAAGUAUUGGGGUUGAAUCCCAUCUACAGGAAGCGGACAAAAAUAUAGAGUCUGUCCCAUCUACAUCCUCCUAUGGAGCUAUUAACAGUCCCCUCUCUUCUGGGAAAAUCUUCUACAAGAUGUUCAAGUGUAUCCGUGGCAACAGUGGACCGUUCAUCCCGAAGAACAUCACAAAGGUGUGUUGAGUCAAGUUCCGGCAGCAUCAAACCCAUCCCCGUCACGCUGGAAUCAAAAAAGGACGGACUUCCAUUCAAAGGCGUGACCCAGGACUUUUUGUCUGUAUCAUCUUCUGCAAAUUGCACAUUUUUGUUUUUGUUUUGAGUAACAAGAAAAAAAAAAUGACGCCAGGAAGGAGAACUGAAAGCAACUAUGAGCACCCACGUUGCGUUUUUCCACAUUCCAGAAAUGAUGUCUUGAAACAGGAGGGGCAAUGUGACGUCCCAUCGUCAUGUCAAAGGUCGUCACAUUUCACUGGAGCAUCGGACGUUUGCACUUUUCAGAUGGACAGUUCGAGCCCCGCCCCCGUUAACAAGUAUUUCAAUUAAUAUAGACAAAAGGAAAAUCGGCAGUCCUCAUGAGCCUUUGGAAGCAUUUCGACACUGUGUACAACCAUUUCAAUCACCGUGCCUUAAGCGGACGUAUGAUUUGUUCAUCUUUGGAGAGCCUGGUAGGUACUCGUGCUUGACAUCUGUCAGCUUGGAGACGUGAACGGUACUUGUAAGCGUGUUUAUGUUGAUGGACUGAAAUCUUUGUGUCUCCUGGAUGAUGUGCUUUAAGAUGCUUGUCAAAGUUACAUUUCAUAGACUCAACUGUGCAUGUAGAAACUCACAAGGGAAGUCCAUGUGAAUAGUAACUUUUUUUU